CGUGUUUUAAUUAUGAUUUUAGGGUACUCGUGGGUGCUUCUAAAGAGAAACCAGAAAUUCUCUGCAGGUUAUUCUACGUUUCUUUUUUAAUCACAACCGAAGCCCGAGCCCUUGGGUAAGCGUCCCUCUUAUUUAAGCUGUGGCUAAGCUAAUGUAGCUAGCCCCGGUUCAUCACUCUUCUGCCGUGUCUUUUGUUAACACUAGAUGGAAGUUAACGGUAACCCUAAAUGUAGUCGCGGAAGUGAUGUACGAUACUGGUUAUAAAUGCAAGUGCCAGAGGUUUGGAGCUUCAUCCUAAACAUCGACAUCGGAGACAAAGAAUGGUCUUCAUCCAGCUCAGUAUUACAGAAAGUUUAAUCAGUUCUUCUGGACACAGCGUUUAUUGAGAGAAACGUUUCAUCACUCAUCUAAGUGACCUCUUCAAUCUCAACUGACUGCAGAGCCUUGGACUAGAAUGGAGCACAGAAAAGCGUUAACCAUUUCACUGACUGUCGACAAGGAUAACUCAUUGAUCAGAAAUCCACUCAAAAUCCCCAAGGCAUGUCUCUCUUCAGAGUGUGGGAACUUAAAAGCAAAGAUUCACUUGACCAGAAUUACAGAAUGCAAGUCCAGAUACCUCGAGCAUAAGAAUGGAUCCACACUCUCUGAUCACAACCACGCCACUAUGGUCAGACUGGGAAUGGCCAGCAGGAAACCCUGUCUGGUCCUCACAGAUGUCCUGAAGACAGAGGAAGGCAAGGCUUAUCUGAGCAGAGAGAGGCACAGCCAGAUAUUGGGAAAUGGAACAGCGGUGACAGGAAGAGAGUUGGGUCAGAAGAGAGAGACACCCCAGACCUGCAAAGGUGGACAGUUGGAGCAGAGGGAGGCCAAGAACCAGGGAUCGGGCUGUAAGAACAGCAGCGCCACUCCUAAACACAGCCCAAAGAUUAUUUCCCUGUCUGCCCAAAGAUUAAACCUCAGGGUCUGGUCAGAUGGGGAGGAUGAGAAGAAGGAAGACAGCGAGGUGAAGGAGGUGAUAAUGGACCAGGAAAGUGUAAAGAACUGUUCAGAGGUUGCAGACUGUGUGUUGUCAGUGAGUUCGGGUGCGGUGGUGGAGCCAGGAACCAACAAGCUUUCGUCAGAGAACAGCAAGGAAACGGAAACUCAGACUGGCGCAGGAUGUGACGGGCACAGCAAGAGGAAAAGAGACACUCCAGAGCCCUGCCACAAUGGAGAAGGCAUACCCAUGGGCCACAAAGGGAGUGUCCUCAGCCUCUACAAGGAGGGAGCAAGAGAUGGAGAGCUAGGCCCGAAGCGCCGUUGCCUGGAUGGGGGUGAAGGAGAGACAGGGCUGGAGAUUCUUGAAUAUGGAUUUGUGGAGAUCGCAUUGGGAGCAGACGAGGGAGAGGAGGGGGGUGUGAGUUUAACUGGCAGUCCCGAUUCAGUGCCCAAAGACUCAAGAGUGGCUCUCAGGCAAAGUCUUUCGUCCAGCCAGGAUGACUCAGCCAAGGCCAGCCCCUCUGAACCCAUUGUCCUGUCGAGUGAUGAUGAGCAGGGUGCUGAAGACCUUCAGCACUACGACCCGCUGUUUGAUCCACUGAUCAGUGCUGAGGAGGCGAGGAAUCAAAGAACGCCCACACAGGAAGUCUUUGCUACGCAGGGGGAAGAGCCUGACAUGCAGACGUUGCAUAUGAUUGUGGAAGACUUCCCUGGCGUCAUUGAGUCCGACAUUGAGGUGUCCCCCGUUGCAGACUACUGUGUGGGCGUGGCCUUCUACACCCUGCUCUGUGGCGGUUACCAGGGAGAGGCUAAUGGAGACGUCAUGAUAACAGGCCAAAGAGUCAUCAUACCACUGAAAGAUGCGAGCGGCCAGGUGGAGGUAACAUUAACGCUGGAGUGCACGCAGCUCAGGAAGUACAGCGUGUGGGAGAAGGAGACGCUGCAGGAUCGAGGCCUGGUGUAUGCGAGCGAGGAGCAGCUGAGCCCAGACAGUCUACUCCUGCUCUAUGUGUCGGACACUCAGGCGCAAGCCGUACAAAGGGACCUCCAAAAGCUGUCUGUCAAACAGCAGGAAACCCUGCCCACUGGCCAAGCCAGUCCCUUUCUCUUACUGAGCCUGAAAAUUCCUCCGCGGGAUUUGGAGGGGGCUGUCCUGCGCUCAAUCCUGGACAUUGUUUGUCUCAAAAGCCUCGUAAAUGAAGAGACCGCCAUCAUGAUGGAGAACCUUCACACGCCUAUCCUCUCCUUAGACGACAGUCUGGAGCUGAUCGAAAGAACCGGUCUGGACCCCCAGCUGCUCGCCUUACUGGGCCGGGACGGCUCUGACCGGAAGCCUGACAUGGAUCAGGACCUUCCUCUUUCAGAUGACAAGAAAGAGCCAGAACUGAAAAUCCAGCUGGAGAAUGACCUGCAGACAUCGCCAGAGAAAGACGCAGAGCCUAAGCCCGAACCAGAGGAGGAAAAGGACAGGGAACAGGAAUCUCCCACCGAGGAAAGUAAGGUGGAGACCAGGCCCAUUUAUACCCUGUGCCACCGCAGAGUCAAAGAAUCCUAUUCUGUGUCUCUCUCCAAGCCCGACAACAGCUGGACCAAAUACAAUCUCCAGAGGCUGGCCCGCAGGUUGAUCCAGUAUCCUCCUCCGCCAUUAAAAGGAGGUAUCACUGUGACAAUGGAGGACCUGAAGUGCCUUGACAGCGGUCAGUUCCUCAAUGAUGUCAUCAUUGAUUUCUACCUCAAAUACCUUCUUCAGAGUGCUCCUGCAGCUGUGACCGAACGCUCACACAUCUUCAGCAGCUUUUUCUACAAGCAGCUAACACGCAGGGACAACGCCAGUGAGGACAGCACCUAUGCCUCAAGUCAGAGGCACAGGAGGCAUCAGCGGGUGAAGACGUGGACUCGGCACGUUGACAUCUUCAAAAAGGACUUCCUCUUUGUGCCUGUCAAUCAGGAGGCUCAUUGGUAUUUAGUGGUCAUUUGCUUCCCCGGCCUGGAGGAGCCACAAUCUGAGUCUUGGAGAGGUCCGGACUUGCAAAAGGGAACUGGGGAGGGCAAGUUGGACAAUCCCCAGGCAGAGGAAGAGGCCCAAGGAUCUAAUGACGUCCCUGAGGCUCCAGCUUCAUCAAGUUCCAGAGAUGCACCGCUUGAAAAUACGCGGAAGGACUCCACAAAAGAGCCCCCACCUUGGCAAACGGACUGCACAGAGCAAACCUGCAAAAAGAAGACUGUUUGCAAGAGGCCCUGCAUUCUUACCAUGGACUCCCUCAAGCUUUCUCUCCAUGAACGAGUCUGUAAACUCUUGCGGGAGUACUUGCAGUCAGAAUGGGAGGUCCGACGGGGUUCGGUAAGGGACUUCAGCGGCGAGCGGAUGAAGAGCUCACACUGCCAAGUCCCCCUGCAGGACAACAGCAGUGACUGUGGCCUCUACCUGCUGCAGUAUGUUGAAAGUUUUUUAAAGGACCCUGUGGUGGACUUUGAACUCCCUCUGUGCCUUCAGCGCUGGUUUUCACGACAGCAGGUACGGAGGAAACGGGAUGAGAUAAGGGAUCUGAUUCUCAACCUUUAUCGGCGCCAAAAUUUGGAAAAUGUUGGCUGAUGGAGUAAAGUAGCUCCUGGAGCCAUCACCUAAACACUGCUCAUACUGAGCAAUGGGACAUUUCAGUGUAAAAUGAACUUAUUUAGUUUAGAUUAGAUUCUGUUGCUGUGUCAUGCAUCAGCUUGGACUAAACAUGUUUAAAGAGUGUCAGUCUUUGGUAUCAAAGAGAAUUAGAAGUUAUUUCUAUGGUAAAUUAAUUUUACAGCUUUCCAUGCAGGAAGAGUCCAUUUUAAAUUGGGGUAUAGUCAUAAAUUUGUGUGACUUUUGAUUGUUUACGUGAUAUGCUACCACAUAAUUUAUGAAAGAAACCAUUUGCAUUCUUUUUUGUAUAAGAUCUGCAAAGUGAUCCUUUUUUUUAUUAUUAUUAAAAUUAUUUGAAAGUAAAAAGAGGAAGUCUACUGUUAAAUCGUUCCUGUGUUUUAUUUGGGCUCAGUUGUGUUACUGACAGGUGUAUGUUACUUAAUAUUAAGGCCAUUGUCGUGGUUUUUCAAUUUGAAAAUCGUUCCAAGUCUGCAUUUUUAGCCUCCAGAGUUAUUAAUGAGUCAGUUAGCCAUGUAACCAUGUCAGAGGAAACUGAAGGUGGUCUUACCUUUGGUGGCCUUGGACUACAUGGCUAAAGCAUAGAUAUUUCAGAAAACAAGGGCAUGACAUAGAGGGAAUCGUUCACCUUGUGUUUGCUGGCAUAAGAGUCCAGUUUCCGAGUUGUCUUCCAGCUAAUGUACAAGAAAAAGAUGGGAGUACAUUUUCACUUGACGUUUUCUGUCCUCUUUCCCUUCGUUGACUUCCAAAUUAAAAUUUGUAACUGGGAAAAAUCCCCUGGAACUGAACGCCAUCCAUAAAUAAACCACAUAUUUUACCUUGUCCCUCUAGUUUCCUGAAUUUACAGUCUACCCGAGAUCCUACAAUCCUACUAGGACACAACGAAAUUGCAUUGACCCCCAACACUGCCAGUGAUCCUGCUUAUUUAGUAUCUGCAUUGACAAGUUUUGGCCUCUGUGACAGCGACUAUUCAGGUGAAUGUGUCAAACAUGGGCCCCCAUCAGCCCACCAGCUCAGUUGCUAAUUUCUCUCAACACAUCAGUCUUUAUUGAGCUGUUCAUGGUUUUUCUUAAUCUUUUGGUUUUCCUCCAUAAGAUAUAUUAUGCCAUCCUUAAUGCCAGAUUUGUAUACUGAUCGGGUCAGAUAAAUAAUUCUGAUUGAGUUUGAAGGACAAGUUAAAGCAUUUUAAACAAACUACUCUCCUUAUUCUGUGUCUUUAUUUAUUUGAUUGCAUUUUAUUUCCCUCGAAACUUAGA